AUGCCGCUUCUUAAAUGGCUUAAGAAAACUGUUAAAAAAAUCAGCCCAAGAAAUACAACAGAAGAUUUAGAUUUAGAUGAUGACGAUAGACGACAAGCAGAAGAAGAAACAACAACAAGUCAUGAUGGAGAAGAAGUGACACAUGAUGAUGAAAUAAAAUUAGUGUAUUUUGCAUCGGCAACACCAAAACAACAUUUGAUUGAUAUUCUCAGUGUAUCGUAUAAAGAUACUCAACCUUUUAUUGAUGAAAUCAAAUGUGUAGAGUAUGUCAAAUCUACAAUAAGUAAAGUAUUUUUAAUAAUUGAUGGCACACCAUCAACAACUCUUAUUGAAGCAAUUGAACCAUUAAACCAGAUUGAUUCUGUAUUUGUUUAUUCUCCAUCUUCGAAUGACUUUACUAGAGUUAAUGAAAAGCAACAUAGUUAUAUACUUAAUUGGUGUGAAAAUGAAGCUGCACUUCACGACUCAAUAAAUAAAUCUCGCGAAGAAUUUCAUAAACAAGCCGAUGCAUUUCGUAUGUUCAAUAAAGAAGAAAAAGCAGCAUGUGAUCUUUCAAAAGAGCAAGGUUCAUUUGUAUUUUUUCAAAUAUUUAAACUUCUUUUAAAAAAUAUGCCGAACACAUAUGAAGCGAAAAAGACAAUGAUAAAAGUAUGUCGAAACUAUUAUCGGGGAAAUUUAACUGAAUUAAAAAAUAUCGAUGACUUUGAUCAAACAUAUAAAUCAGUUGAUGCUAUACCAUGGUUUACGAAAGAAACAUUUCUUUACAAGUUUAUUUAUAAAACUCUUCGAACGCAAGAUAUCUAUCUUAUAUAUCAACUUCGUUUUUAUAUUAAGGAUUUCAGUGAACAACUUGAAUUAAAAUUUAAAGAACUGAAAGAAAAACAAAAAGAUGUUUUAAAACUUUAUCGUGCUACAAAAUUAAGUUCAGACGAUGUGGCUAAUUUUCAAAAUAGUAUUGGAAAUUUAAUAUCAUGCUCGGGAUAUUUAUCAACAAGUAGCGAAUAUUCAGUUGCUUACGGUUUUGGAACAAAAUCUCCUAAACGAGAAGGUUUUGAAGGCGCUUUAUUCGAAUAUAUAGUAGAUUUAGAUGUUGUUCAGAAUAUUGUUCUCGCUGAUGUUCGCGAAUAUUCAGCAUUUCCUGAAGAAGCUGAAGUUAUCGUUGAUAUCGGAGCAACAUUUCAAAUUGAUUCAUGUGAAUACAAUACGGCAGAUGAGCUAUGGCAUAUUAAACUUCAUGCAACUGAUCAAGGCGCUGAUUUAGGUGCUGAAUAUAUUGAAUAUCAAAAACAAAAGAUGAUUAAAUCAAAUCCAACAUUAAUCUUUGGUGAUUUACUUCUUGAAAUGGGUGAAUAUGCUAAAGCCGAACGACAUUUUGACACAGUUCUUAAUUCAUCAAAUCUAAAUGAUAAAGAUAUUGCUUGCAUAUUUUUUAAUUUUGGUCGUAUACAUCGAUUAAAAGGUGAUUUUAAUCGUGCAAUAAACUGUUAUAAGCGUUCAUAUGAUUUAUGUAUGAAUGCUCGAUUAAAACGCUUUUCAUAUGCUGGAAAAGCUGUAAAUGGUCUUGGAAUUGUUUAUAGUGAAUUGGGACAACAAAUGAAAGCUGAAGAAUAUUUUCAACAAGCUAUGAAACUAUAUAAAAAAAGUAUUCGAAAAAAACAUGUCGAGAUUGCUGGAACAUUAAUUAAUUUGGGUACUAUUGAUUGUGAUCGACAAAAUUUUACACAAGCAUUGAAUAAAUAUCAAGAAGCAAAGAAAAUUUAUGAUAGUUCUCUUCCAUUAGAUCAUCCAAAUCGAGCAUUACAAAGAGUUAAUGAAGGUAAUAUUCAUUUGGCAACUGGAAAUUAUGAAAUCGCUCUUCAAGAAUAUGAAUUGGCAUUGAAAUUACAAGAAGCAUUAUUACCAGCUGAUCAUGCAAAUAUUGCUCGAACAUUACAUAAUUUAGCAAUUGUUCAUGCAUCUCGAGGAAAUAUGGACGAAGCAACAAAAUAUUUAGAACGCGCAAAAGAAAUAGCCGGGCAAACAUUAUCUUUGAAACAUUCAGUUAUGACAUUACUUGAUAAACCAAAAGAUUUUCUCAUCGACUAA